GUCUUUUAUAUCUGCAAAACCCGGAGCAUUCGGAGGCAAAUAUAUUUAGUUAACAAGAAAGGGUUAAAAAUGGUUGUUGGGACAGCAGCUGCGGUAACUAUAAUAUGUACUGGUGGGGCAGCAAUUGCGCCAAUUGCUGCUAGUGCGACGGUUGGAGGAUCAGCUGGAGCAACCGCCGCGGUUGCUGGUACAGCUUCAGCAGUGGGAACAGCUGUUGGUGCAGGAACAGCUGGCGGGGCGAUAGCAGGAGCUGGUGCUGUGGCAACGGCCGGAACGGGUGCAGGGGUGGGUAUUAUUGCAUCUUGUGCAGUAAUGGGUGGUUUGGUCGGAGGAACAGCCGCUGCCGGGGUAGGUGGCACAGGUGCUGGAGCUGGUGCACUUCUUUCAAAUAAGAGAACUGAUGGCUUGGUUUUGUUAGCCGUUGGUGCAAGUGUUAAUCAAGAAGAUGAUGAGAUAAGCUAUGAUUGUUGGAAGCCUGUGGUGCACGAUACGUCUCCGGAAAGAUCAAAUGGGAUGCUCCUGAAAGACAUGGUGUGCCAUCCUAAUGUUGCAAACGUUACCAUGACAACGGGAAUAUGUGACAGCCUUCCGAGUAUCCUCAUUGAAAAUAUUUGGAACGAAAAGUUUGAGAUCGAGUAUGUUGUUAUACACGAUUCGGGCAAGAUAGCGUGCCAUGCUAAACCUCUUUGAAUAUGAAAUAGAUGAAAGGAACUUGGAAUUAAAGGUGUGCACUAUUUUUUACUUCCAGGAUUAUACAAAGUGUUUUCAUUUAUAACGAGACAUUUUAGAUGACAUAUUAUUUAUUUUGUGUUAUAUUUGCAUUUGCAUUUACAAAAAGAGAAGUCUAAAACUUUUCAUCGGAUAAUUUUAUCAGAUUAGGAAUCUUACUAUUGUAGCUCUACUUUUUUCUUAUCAAAACAAAUCAUUACAUUAAGUGAAUUAUGUUAACUAUGUAUUUUUAAUAAGAUAUAGAUCUAUAUAAACAUGCGUGUAAGUUUGUGUGUGUAUGCGUGCACAUGUACGUAAGCGUCGUUAGCUGAAUAUAUUUUUGCAUAUAGAGUAGAAUAUCUACAUUUUGACUCGACACUAUAAAGAGAAUAAAUCGACAUUAUAUAAAAUGUAAUGGUCACUCAACAGGGUCUAACGAAAAAGUCAAAUAUCUUGGUGCCUUUGAAUCAAUGGUCAUGCCGGUAACACAAAAAUCCAAUGGUUGUUUAAAAUGUCUGUAUAAAAAAGUAAGUUCCUGGAUGAUAUUGAAAAAAAACUUCUGGUCUCCUCGCUAGUUCAAUGUAAUUUUGACAAUGCCUCUGUUGCUUGAUUUAUUGGUUUGCCUCGGGCUUUGAAACAUCAGUUACAGUUUACCCAUUAUAAAUUGAUAAGGUUUAUUCUGGAUCUGAUCACAUGUAGGUCUUGACCAGUUUUUUUAAGUUGGAACUUGGAUGGUUACCAGUUGCCAACGGGGUUGACCAAAUUACUCUGUUUCAUGUGUAUAAAAUCCAUUCUGUCAAGGCCCCUCAGUAUCUUAGUGAAAAGUUCACUCUAGUGAUUUUAAUUCACCAAAACCCCUCUUUGUUCAGGGUAACAGUUUGUCCCCCAAUUGAUGGUCCAGAAAAGCCAUUUGUUGAUAGCUAGAGAUAUACUGUUCCUGUGGUGAAAGGAUUUGAUCAAAAGACUUGAAGUUACAGUGGUUGCUGUUUACGGAACUCUCUAUCACAUCAUAAGGAAUGCCUAUUCUAUUUCUAUAAAAAUAGAGUUAAGAAGCAUCUUCUAAGUAUAGUUGAUAUGUAUUAUUUAAAGUUGUCUUUAGUAAAAUUUAGUACUGAAAUUUCUAUUUCUUAUGUUAUAAGAUUUUCUUAAUUUUGAAUUAUAUGCAGUGACUCAACAUUUAAAUUGUAUACUUUGAUUGUGUGAUAAUGUAAUCUAUUUCAUUGUACUUACUAUAUACUCAGUUUAUUCCUUGUUACGCAUUCAACACAAUCUGUAAUGCUACUAAUAUCAGUAAUUAAGUGAUAAUUCUUAAAUCUCUGCUUUUAUUUAUUAUUGAUGACUUUUUAUUGCUUAUCUAUUUUACUGUGAUACAUAUAUUUUAGGGCUGGGAACGUAUAAUGAAUUUGAUGUUCGAAUAUUCGUUUUCCAUAUUAGAAUAUAUUCGAAUAUUCGUUUUUACAACAUUUGUUACAAUAUUUUUUCUUCGAGAUAUACGUAUUCAAAAUUUAUUGCGUCGAAAAAUAUGUUUGGAAUAAUCGACGAUUAA